AUGAAACGCUUUUCGCGAGAGAUAUCUCCACUACUUGAACGCCGCCUCGCUUGUGCGGUUGUGGGCCUCGUUAAUUUCGUCAAGGAAGUUGCCGUGAACUUCACUAUCGAUGAGAUCCGUGCGCUUAUGGAUCAUAAAAAAAAUAUUCGUAACAUGUCCGUUAUCGCCCACGUCGACCAUGGAAAAUCCACCUUGACCGAUUCUCUAGUCUCAAAAGCAGGUAUUAUUGCCGGUGCAAAAGCUGGAGAGACGCGUUUCACUGAUACUCGAAAAGAUGAGCAAGAACGUUGUAUCACUAUCAAGUCGACUGCCAUAUCUAUGUUCUUCGAACUUGAGGAAAAAGAUCUUGACUUCAUCAAGGGAGACAACCAAAUUGAGACUAAUGAGGUGGACGGCAAGAAGAAGAAGUUCAAUGGUUUUUUGAUUAAUCUGAUCGAUUCACCUGGCCACGUUGACUUUUCUUCUGAAGUAACGGCUGCUCUUCGUGUUACUGAUGGAGCUCUUGUUGUUGUUGAUUGUGUUUCGGGAGUUUGUGUCCAGACCGAGACUGUACUUCGUCAAGCAAUUGCGGAAAGAAUCAAGCCGAUUCUUUUCAUGAACAAAAUGGACCGUGCUUUGCUUGAGUUGCAGUUGGGAGCUGAAGAACUCUUCCAGACAUUCCAACGUAUUGUUGAAAACAUCAACGUUAUUAUCGCCACGUAUGGUGAUGACGAUGGCCCAAUGGGAGCUAUCAUGGUCGAUCCAUCUGUGGGAAAUGUCGGAUUCGGUUCCGGUCUUCAUGGCUGGGCUUUCACCCUAAAGCAGUUCUCAGAGAUGUACGCCGAGAAGUUCGGAGUCCAGGUUGACAAACUCAUGAAGAACCUCUGGGGUGAUCGAUUCUUUGACUUGAAGACGAAGAAGUGGAGCUCUCAACAGUCUGCCGGUGCCAAGAGAGGUUUCUGUCAGUUCGUGUUGGACCCCAUCUUCAAGGUGUUCGAUGCCAUUAUGAACGUAAAGAAGGAGCAGGUCGAUGACCUUAUUGUUAAGCUGGGUAUCAAGCUUGCGGCCGACGAGAAAGAUCUUGAAGGCAAGCCUCUCAUGAAGGUGUUCAUGAGGAAAUGGCUGCCUGCCGGAGACACUAUGCUUCAAAUGAUCUGUAUCCAUCUUCCUUCUCCAGUAACUGCCCAGAAGUACAGAAUGGAGAUGCUGUACGAAGGACCUCAUGAUGACGAAGCCGCUGUCGCCAUCAAGAACUGCGACCCCAACGGACCUCUGAUGAUGUACGUCUCGAAAAUGGUACCGACAUCCGACAAAGGACGUUUCUACGCUUUCGGACGUGUAUUCUCUGGAAAGGUCGCUACGGGUAUGAAGGCCAGAAUUCAAGGACCUAACUACAUUCCUGGCAAGAAAGAGGACUUGUACGAGAAGACCAUCCAACGUACAAUUCUUAUGAUGGGUCGUUACAUCGAGCCUAUCGAGGAUAUUCCAUCCGGAAAUAUUGCUGGUCUUGUCGGUGUCGAUCAGUACUUGGUCAAAGGAGGAACUAUUACCACUUUCAAGGAUGCUCACAACAUGCGUGUCAUGAAGUUCUCUGUCUCGCCUGUUGUGCGUGUUGCUGUUGAAGCCAAGAACCCUGCUGAUCUGCCUAAAUUGGUAGAAGGUCUUAAACGUCUGGCCAAGUCUGAUCCUAUGGUCCAAUGUAUCUUCGAAGAAUCUGGAGAACAUAUCAUUGCUGGAGCUGGUGAACUUCACUUGGAAAUUUGCUUAAAGGAUCUUGAAGAGGAUCACGCCUGCAUUCCAUUGAAGAAAUCCGAUCCCGUUGUGUCGUAUCGUGAAACCGUCUCAGAGCAAUCGAACCAAGUUUGCUUGUCUAAGUCACCGAACAAGCACAAUCGUCUCCAUGCCACCGCCAAGCCCAUGCCUGAUGGUCUUGCUGACGAUAUUGAGAAAGGAACAGUCAACGCUCGUGAUGAGUUCAAGGCUCGUGCGAAGAUUCUUGCCGAGAAGUACGACUAUGACGUGACGGAGGCUCGUAAGAUCUGGUGCUUCGGUCCCGACGGAACUGGUCCCAACAUCCUGGUCGAUAUCACGAAGGGAGUACAAUACUUGAACGAAAUCAAGGAUUCCGUUGUUGCUGGUUUCCAAUGGGCUACCAGAGAAGGAGUGCUGUCCGACGAAAACAUGCGUGGAAUUCGUUUCGAUAUCCAUGAUGUUACGCUGCACGCUGAUGCUAUCCACAGAGGUGGUGGCCAAAUCAUUCCAACUGCUCGUCGUGUCCUGUAUGCCUCUGUUCUUACUGCCGCACCUCGCCUUUUGGAACCCGUAUAUCUAGUCGAGAUUCAAUGUCCUGAAGUUGCCGUUGGAGGUAUCUACGGUGUGCUUAAUCGCAGAAGAGGACACGUCUUCGAAGAAUCCCAAGUUACCGGAACACCCAUGUUCGUCGUCAAGGCUUAUCUUCCUGUCAACGAGUCCUUCGGUUUCACAGCUGAUUUGCGUUCAAAUACUGGUGGUCAGGCUUUCCCACAAUGCGUAUUCGACCAUUGGCAAAUACUUCCCGGUGAUCCACUUGAAGCUGGAACGAAACCCAACCAAGUUGUUUUGGAGACAAGGAAACGCAAGGGACUCAAGGAGGGUAUUCCCGCUCUUGACAACUACCUUGACAAAAUGUAAAUGCUACUGUUCCGGCUUGUUGUUAAAAAGUUAUCUAAUAAAAACGGUUGUUGAUCGAGCUGUUCCGCAAAUUUCAAAUUCUCAGAUUGUUUCUAUUUAUGUGAAAUUUCUAAAUAAACUUGUGUACAUCUCCGUUCAGUUCUUGUUCAA